GGAUUGCUCAUUGCUCUAGUUUCAUCUUUCUUUCACGAUGGACGGGAACAGACUAAUUCGUUCAACUACCAAUGAAUGUCGACUGUACAUCGGCAAUCUACCAAAGGACGUUCGAGAGAAAGAUUUAGAGGAUGUAUUUUAUAAAUUCGGAAGAAUUGCUGCUGUAGACAUCCACAACAGAUACAAUCCAGCUUUCGCUUUUGUGGAAUUUGAGGACCCAAGGGAUGCUAAGGAUGCAGUUCAUGAACGAGAUGGAUAUGAUUUGGAUGGCUACAGAAUAAGAGUAGAAUUUCCAAGAGGAAACUCAGGCAGAGAUGAAUCAUAUGGAAGAGGAUACGGCCAAAGUAGGGGUCGUGGUAGAGGCAUGGGGCCACCAAGAAGAUCAGAUUAUAGGGUUCUGAUAUCUGGAUUACCACCAACUGGAAGCUGGCAGGACUUAAAGGACCACAUGAGGGAAGCUGGAGAUGUUUUAUACACUGAUGUUUUCAAAGAUGGUACAGGUGUUGUUGAAUUUGCAAGAUACGAUGAUAUGAAAUGGGCAAUAAGGAACCUUGAUGACACAAAGUUCAGAUCACAUGAGGGUGAAACGUCUUUCGUUCGUGUGAAGGCAGACAAACCUGGACGAUCCAGAAGCUUCUCACCGGAUCGAAUCUAUGGAGACCGCUCUGCUUCAAGGUCUCCUCGUCGAUCAAGAAGCCGUAGUCGCGGUCGUCGUCGCAGGUCAGGGGGUAGGUACCGCUCAAGAUCUCGCAGUCCGAAGCGGAGUAGGUCUGGAAGAUCCAAGUCCCGAUCCCCAAGAAGAUCGCAUUCUAGGUCACCAAGGCGUUCUAAGUCCAGAUCUCCAAGACGAUCAAGAUCAAGAAGCAGAAAGUCUCAUUCACGUUCUCGUUCACGCUCAGAUAGAGGCUCUUAUGGCAGGUCACCAAGAAGAUCAAAGUCACGUGACAAAUCGCGUUCAGCCUCUCGAUCAAAGUCAAGGUCGAGCUCAAACGACAGGAAGGACUGAACUGCCAAACAAAUAGUACAUACAGUGCAGUAGAGUGUUAAUGGUUCUUCCAACUUAAAUCUAGUUCUGCUUAUUCUUUUUACCGUAAAAGAUUUAUUAUGUAAUUUACUUCUUUGUUUUUCAUUGAUUUGUAUCUUUUAAAAUGUGA